UGAUUGGCUGGGACGUUAUCUCAUGCAUCUUCAAAAUGGCGGAACACAUGGGUUUGGGUGAUUUGGGAGUGGAAGGAGUGAUGGGUGCUGCGAGUGCAUUAUCUGCUCCAGCUGAGUCUUACAUUAACCAGCCAGAGCUUGAGAUGGAGUGGGCCAUGAAGGCAUACGAACAUGCAGAGACAUACUUCAACUUACUGUGUGCCGUAGAUCCGAAAUUGCUUCGUUUGACGCCUCAUGACGACGAUGUUUACACGAAAUUGAGGGAGACCUUCCCUGAUCUAAACGUGGGCAGGUUGCAAGAAGAUGAAUUAAAAUCUGCAGAGGCUAAGGAGAAAUGGAGACCUUUCUGCAAUUACUAUGAAGACAAAAUUCAGGACUUCAACUUUGGUACUCUGCUACGACUAGACAGCACGUCAGACUAUUCUGAGAAAAACUCCAUUCUGGUGACGAGGAUUCAAUUCUUUGCUGUGGAGAUUGCAAGGAAUCGGGAAGGAUACAACUCUAAGAUUCGUGAGCUGUUCAAGCCAACGCCGAAAACAAAGUCGUGACGGACAUGGCCACACGACUCGCCAUGAUUGUGUUGUUUGUAAAAUUUAUAUGUACUCUCUGUGACAAAGGACUUCAUCUUUACAAAGGAUGCCGUUUUUGCUGUUUAUCUUUUAAAAUAAUGUUAAUGCCAUUAUAUUAGAUGUCAUCAUUUGACAUUGUGAAUUUUAUGAUUUAUUGUUAAAUUUAUUAAAGCAGAAAAUUUACUGUAAACCUGUCAAACAAUGACCUCUUCAAUGCAAUAUCGUUCUAGAAUCUCAAUACAAAGCACAGAUUUCACAAUAAUACCCGUACCAUGCUUAAAUAUGGCAUAGGUUUCAAAUUUACUGAUUUCCAAGACAUACAGAUUUGUCACUUAAUCCCCUCAAUGUCUAUCAACAAGAGGUGUAAUAUAGCCAAAUGUACUGCACGAACAGGGUUCACACAGAGUAGAAUAUAAUGGUAUAGAGUAUAGACUAUAGACAUGACAAGUAUUGCAUACUAUAUGACCACUUAACAAAAACUUGCAUGAUGUAAUAUGAUGAAGAUGCAUGUUAUACCCUACAGCUACAAGGGUCAGUAUUAUACUGAUACGUCAAAAAUCUGAUAUAUAUAUACAGUUACUACUGUAUGUGAAAUAUGCAUUUACGUAUGACAGCUGUAUGAAGUUAUGUGAAACCGUACAAAUCUAGCUCGAUUAGUUAGUUAUUUGUAUUGGUUUUAGUUAUUAUUUCCUACAGGGGGCAGUACAGGAAUCGUGAACAUAUCGUUUGCACUGUUUUAGUGUAGAUUAUGUUAUGUGAUAAAUAUAACUAUGCAGGUACUCAUCCA